UUUAAUAAAUACAAAAUAAAGAAAUUAUUACUAUGUAAUUACCUAUGUAAAAAAUGAAAUUACAUACUUUCGGAUUAGUAUAGACAACGAUGUUUGUAUUAAGAAUAAUGGAAGAUUUUGAAUUGAUUGCACUAAAAAAAUUAAAAGAAGAGCUCAUUAUAAAAGCAUACAAUUUAAUUGAAAAAUUAAAACAACAAGAAGAGGAUCAACAAAUUGUUACAAUAAAUUUACCAAAUACUACAAAAAUUACUAAUAAUUCAGAAGAGAAAUUACAAGAACACUAUGAAUAUAGAUUGUGUGAAGUUUCGCAACAAGUCUCUGGUAUAAACUUUAAAAAUAUUGACAAGAAAUGGUUACAUGAUAAUAUUUAUAAAUAUACAACAUAUUUAACAACAAAAAUGUUAAGUUUCUAUAUAGAAUUAACAGUAAAAUUAGAGGAUGAAAAAAAAUUUGAAAUUUAUGACAUAACAUGUCAUUUUAUAAACAUUAAUAAAUGUUUUAUGUUGGAGAUAGAGCCGUGGAUAGAGAUUAUAACUAAAAUGAAAAAUUUUUCUCUUCUUACAUCAACAAUUUCACAAUAUAAUGAACUAAGUAUAGUUAGAAAACAAAUACUAGAUACAUUAGAAUUUAAAAUGUAUGCAAACUAUGAAAAUUGUACAGAUGAAAAUGGUGGAAUCUUAUUAUAUAUACAUUCAGUCAAAAAUAUAAAACAAGUUUAUCUAAUAUUUCAAUGGUCAAUAUUAUUUUUGGAACGGUUUUGGGGAAUUAAACAUCAUUUUACUAUAACUCCUACAGAAAUAGGAAUAAAGUUUGCAGAAGAAAAUUGUUCCUUAUUAAAAAAAUUUUGCAAACCAAAUAUCAUGAAAAAAGAUCUUAUUCAUUUAUGGAAUGAUCUAUGUUCUGCUGUUCAUUUAUAUGAAAAUAAAAAUGACUUAAAAAAGGAAGAUAUAUAAUAUGGAAUAAUAAAUUAUUCUUUUAUGAAUAAAUUAUAUAAUUAUAAAUUAUCAUAAGAUUUAUAAUA